GGUCAGGUGACAUUGUGGGCAAAACAAUCGCUGCUAUUGGCCCAGAUUGGGGGCGUGGCCACUGUUUGGGCAGUAACAGCAGGUGCUUAAAUGUCCAGAGAGGUUAAAGAGAACUGGGAGAGCUCGGAGCGCGGCACUUGCUGAAGGAUUUGCUUGGCACGAAGCAGGGGCGCGUUCAGAGGAGCACUCGGCUGCCCGGCAUUAUGGCUCUGAAAGUCUGCAUCGUCGGCUCUGGCAACUGGGGAUCGGCCAUUGCAAAGAUCGUGGGAGACAAUGCAGCCAGACUCCCUCAGUUUGACAACAUAGUGAAGAUGUGGGUCUUUGAGGAAUUAAUUGGUGGGAAGAAGCUCACAGAGAUCAUUAACUCAGAGCACGAGAAUGUCAAAUACCUUCCUGGACACAAGCUUCCAGCCAACGUGGUGGCUGUACCUGAUUUACUUGAAGCAUCUGCAGGGGCAGAUAUCUUGAUCUUUGUUGUUCCCCAUCAGUUUAUCGGCAAGUUAUGUGACCAGCUAAAAUCACAUGUGAAAAAAGAAGCCUUUGGCAUGUCUCUGAUAAAGGGUGUUGAUGAGGGACCAGAGGGUCUGCGUCUUAUUUCAGACAUCAUACAGGAGAGGUUAGGAAUCCAGAUGAGUGUCCUGAUGGGUGCCAACAUAGCCAAUGAGGUGGCUGAUGGGAAAUUCUGUGAGACAACAAUCGGCUGUAAAAAUAAAGAGCAAGGCAAAAUUCUGAAGGAGUUGUUCCAGACCCCUAAUUUCCGUAUCACAGUGGUGGAGGAGAAGGACACAGUGGAAAUCUGUGGGGCACUGAAGAAUAUUGUUGCUGUCGGAGCUGGCUUCUGUGACGGGCUUGGAUUUGGAGAUAACACUAAGGCAGCGGUAAUUCGCCUGGGACUGAUGGAGAUGAUUGCCUUCUCCAAGCUUUUCUGCACGGGAUCAGUCACGUCUGCAACUUUCCUAGAGAGCUGCGGGGUCGCUGACCUCAUCACUACUUGCUAUGGGGGCAGGAACAGGAAAGUUGGCGAAGCUUUUGCCAGAACUGGAAAAUCUAUAGAACAGCUGGAGCAGGAGAUGCUGAACGGACAAAAGCUACAGGGACCACAGACCUCAGCAGAACUAAAUCACAUUCUGAAGAGCAAGAACUUAGUGGAAAAGUUCCCUCUCUUCACUGCGGUCUAUCAGAUCUGCUACGAGAAAAAGCCAGUAACCGAAUUCAUAACGUGUCUCCAGAACCAUCCUGAGCACAUGUAAAGCUGAACAGCUCCGGCAAUCCUUGGCUUUCAACCUUGUGCCUUUUAGAAAUCGGUGUUUCUAUGAGUAUAUUUUAAUAUAUAUUUAUAGAGGUGGGACAGGCAUCUGCUGGAGUGCUAGCUGCUGAACUACAAUUCCCAGAAACCUUCCUGCCAGCAGGGUUAGUGGUUGCUUAACCCUGGUAUAGCUUAGUUUGUAUUUGAAGAGUGUCAGCCUUAUGGGUGAGAAAGGCUGCAGUGGCUGCUACAUCCAACUCUACACAUUUACUUCAUUUCGUUUAGGCAAAUUUAUAGCAGGUUUCUAAUCAUUUUUAUUUCAAAUUUAAAGCAGAUGUGCUUUACAUACACAGUGGCGCAUUCACCCAGGGCUUCUGCAGAAGAUGAACUCUGAUGGGAGAAUAUGCUUAGUAAUGUUCAAUUAAAUGCUUUUAGCUGAAUGAUUAUUAUAUUUUAAUGGCCCGGGCAGAUCACUGUAAAUAAGUAGUGGGAAAUGAUAGUAAUUAUGCAUUUUAAAUUGGUAAUCUUAGAGGGGGAACAUUUACCCCACGUGCGCAUCAAGCACAUAAUUGUCCCAUAAUUAGGACAUACGAUUUAAGAAAAAAUAUAUGUAUUAUAUUAAAAAGAGGUUUGUGGGAGACGCUUGGUUUCAUGCGCUGUGUGUGCUGUGUUUAUUAUCAGUGUAUUCUCCCUGGCAUUCUCACACCAGUCAUCAGUAUAGAAGCUAAUAAAAUAUUUUGUUUACA